AUGAUGCACUUUGUCUUAUGGGCAGCAGCAACAACAGUGAUCAUAAUCACUCCAACCGUCGGGGAUGGAUUACGCAAGUGCGUCAACCGUGUGACCGGCACGAUAAUCGGUGGCUUUCUGGGGUAUAUGACCAUGACCAUCAUAUACUUGCUUGGAGGAGAUGAGUGUUUGCAAUGUGGUACCAAGCCAAUACUCCUGCAUGUAGUGAGUUUCUUCAUCAUCUUUGGACUGGCAUAUACGCGGAAGCUGUACCCUCAACAUCACUACGCUUUUCUGCUCACGAUGCUGACGUACACCAUUACUAUAACUUUUCAACACAAAUCGAAUCGUGUACGCCCGAAACACAUUCUCGAUCGAGUCUUGCUCAUCUCAAUCGGUGUACUUAUAGGAUAUACUGUAAUGGUUUUAGUUUUCCCAGUGAAAGCACACAAGAAGAUGCAGGAAACUGUUUCAAUAUCAUUGAACGAAAUGUCGGAAACCGCCAGUGAUUUGUUGGAACUCUUCCAGAUGGGACAGUCCAUGGAGGAAAGGGAUGCUAUCCUUGCCAAACGGAACUACCUACUGGCACAACUUAUAAAGACUCAGGCUUCCGUCAGUACGUUGCAGGGCCUGAUCGAACCAGCUUUCACAGAAUAUAAAUGGGGCGGAAAAACUCUCCGCGAGAAGAAACUAGCGGAACUCUUUGAAGAGAUACUAAUAUAUGUCAACAGGCUAUUUUAUACGACGGCAACCCUAUAUUUCAUAAGCGCUAUCGAGGCAACAGGCGAGGUGGAUGAUACUGCGGCAACGUAUGUUAAUAUCUCAUCCUUGGCGACGACGAGAGAGAAUACUCAAGCCCCCAACAUAUUACGCACGCGAACCUCGACGACGAUCAGACCCAUUGGUCUGAGUGAUGAAUUGAAACAAGCUGUUAUCAAGGUUAUGGGAUCAUUGAAGUUGUCUUUCUCGUGUUCCGCCGAUGUAAUCAAAGGCAUUCACGGCGAAACGAAUACCAUUGUCGCUAGCGAGCGACUCACGGAAAAUAUCCGCAGAGUAGAGUCCGAUUAUAUAGCUUUGAGCGGACUGUAUAAGGAGAAUAAUAUCCGCGCCGGUAUCAACGCUGACGAAGCUGAAUCAUUCGCUGCACUCAACUCCCUUCUGAGGCUGCUUAUUAUGCAUCUAACACACCUUUCAGGUCUGUUAAUCGAUUGGGCGAUUAUCGAAACUAAAAAGGGGCCAGAACAACACAACCUCGCAGAUCUAAGGAGACGAUCAAGCUGGAGGUUACGACAAGUCACUUCGCGCGAUUUUACGGCACCAGCUGCACCCAGCUGGGACUUACCGAGUGUCUCGGAGGAGACAUACGAUGCACCAACAGCACACAGCCUACAAAAUCUUGACAUGGAUGAUGGUGAAGAAACGCCUUUGCUUCCAGGCAAUGAUAGAAGGAACACCUAUGAUGCAAGCUGA